CUUACUGCGGGUGACUUGACGUCGGCGGCAGCCACUAAUCUGCUGACUGUGCUGGGUACGUACCUGCUAGCUUCCCACCCAGGCAACAAGUAGCCUAACCCUAGCCCCAUGUCCGGGCAAGAAGAAGGAUAAGAAGAAUAAUGUCGAGCCGGGCUUUGCGGAGGCUAAAAGGGAAGCAGCGGGGCCAAGAGGCCCUGGACCUGGGGGAUCUGGGUGAAGAGCUUGGCCAGGCUGCCGAGGAUGAAGAACCACUGGAGGAUGUUGGUCCCCCGUCAAAAAAUAGUGUCAAUCGCAAGGCAAAGAAGAACAAGACUCAGAAGAAUCUGAGUAACAUUUAUGAAUUGAUAUGUGAUGCGGAGAAGUCCUCGCUAGAGGACGAUGCUGAGAAAGCAGAAGACACCGACGAGACGCAUGAUGACAAAGACACUGAACACAUUGAUGAUCAGCCGCAGGACCAAAACUCUGCCAAUUCUCUGAGUGGAGCUAGAGUAAAGAAGAAGAAAAAGAAGAAAAAUAAAAAGGGUGCAACGGCAGGUACACAGGAGGAUGUUGCAGACGAUGACAUCGAUGCACUGCUGAAAACCAUAGAGGACACCAACGGCCAGACCCUGCAGAGUGAGCAUUCAGGAGGCUCAGAUGGAAGGUCCCCCAUAUAUGUAGAGCACAGGAAUCUGAAUCCAGAAACGGAGCUGAAGAGAUACUUUGGGGCGCGAGCAGUUCUCGGAGAUCAACGGCCUCGACAGAGACAGAGGCAGUACCACCGCACCACCUGGAUGACUGUUCCUAAAGAACCAUGGCCUCGCUUCAGUCGCCCAGGAAUUUCCAUGUCUCUUGUCCAAUCAAAGGAGGGCCUUCAUUACUUUACCUUUGAGCACAGCCGGGACUACCAGCAAGUACAGUUCAAGUUCAUGGAUGCUGUGGACUCCAUGAAUAACAACAACAUUUUGACCCUGCUUCUCACAAACCCCUAUCACAUCGACUCCCUGCUGCAGCUGUCGGAUGUGUGUCGAAUACAUGAGGAUCCAGAAAUGGCCAGGGAACUUAUUGAGAGGGCCUUGUACAGCUUUGAAUGUUCCUUCCACCCGCUGUUCAGCCUGACCUCAGGGACCUGCAGGCUCGACUUCCUCAGGCCGGAGAACAGGGCGUUUUAUUUGGCCCUUUAUAAGCACAUGAUGUUCUUGGAGAACCGGGGAUGCCCACGGACCGCACUGGAGUACUGCAAGCUCAUCCUGAGCCUGGAUCCAGAGUCCGACCCGUUCUGCAUGCUGUUCAUCGACUUUUUGGCACUGCGCUCCAGGGAAUAUCAUUCCAUAAUCCGAUUGUAUCAGGACUGGGAGGAGCACAGGAACCUGUCCCAGCUGCCCAACUUUGCGUUCUCGGCGGCGCUGUGUCACUUCCACCUCAGCCAGGAGGACGAGACGAAGCAGGGGGAGCGGGAGAAGCACCGGCAGAGCGCCGACCGCCUCCUGCAGCACGCCCUCCUCAUGUUCCCCGGACUGCUGACGCCGUUGUUGGACCUGUGCACCGUGCAGCCCGACGCGGCCGUCGCGGCACACGCCUUCUUCGGCCCUAAAAGCCAAAUCGGGCAGUCCCCAGCGCUGGCGGAGCUGACCAGUCUGUACGUGGGGAGGACCCACCUGCUGUGGAGGGAGGGCGGGGUGCUGCUCUGGCUGGAGGAAUGUGUCAAGGAGGUGUUGCUCCGAGUCGAUGCCAACGACCCUCUGGUGGAGGACGGCCUGAACAAGAGAAAGCAACGAUACCAGAGUGCUCCGCGGGCGAUCCAUCGCCAUGUUCUGCUGUCUGAGAUCAAGGAAGCCACCUCCUUCCUGCCUCUGGACGUGACCACGCAGCCUGGGAUGGGCUUCGACCCUCUGCCUCCCCUGGACUCGGUCACCUCGUACACACGCCCGGAAAGGCCUCAGGUGGGCGCUACAGACACGAGCACGCUGUCGCUCUUCUUCCGCUCUCUGCUGCCCAGCUUCAACCUCCAGGGUGGGCCCAGGCCCGAGGAGGAGCAGGAGGUGGCCCAGGCGGGCCGGGAGCUGUACCCAGAGGUGAACCGCCUCAUGGUGGCCAUGAGGGACGUGCUGGCCAACAUCCAGUUCCAGGAGCCGCCCCGGGACGACCACCCCGACCGGGACGAGGAGGAGUGGAACUGACCUGCAAUAAGGGGCGAGGAAGGAGGAGGGCACUACACCUGGAUGAAGGGGAACCGAUCAAGCUUUUAUAUAGAACAGACCUAAUUAUGAGCACCGUGAUGGGGUGUUGUUUUGUUUUCCCUCUAAUCAUCACACGUAUCAAAAAGCAAAAUAAAUAAAACUGCGCUCUCAACGUU